UCUCUUCAUUGUUGGACACAAAUAGUUCACAAGUAAAAAAUGGCAACUAUGAAGAUGCUCAUGAUAUUAGUGGUGGCUGCAACUUUGUUUUGCAGCCACCACCACCAAGCGGUCGUGGCGAGAGAAGUCGUUGUGGAUGUGGUCGAUGAUGGAAACGGGUUACAAGUAAUGUGGCCAUGGGAUAUCCCAUGUUAUUUGCCGUGGCCAUUCCCGUUUCCACGACCAUGGCCAUGCCCUCCUCCACCACCACGACCGAGUCCACAUCCUCCCCCUCCCCCUCCGCACUCGCCUCCACCUCCACCUCCAUUCUCACCACCCCCUCCUGCCCCGGCAACAAGUUGCUCAGCUAGUGACAAAGAAAAGGUGAAGACGUGCAUGUACAACACAACUUCAAUCGAUGAAUGUUGCCCAACAUUCCAAAGCAUACUCGGCACUAGUUGCCCUUGCUACAAGUAUGCUGAGGAUUUGGACAAUCAAAUCUUGAUCACUCUUGAAGCUUAUUGUGAUGUCGAUACCCCUUGUAAAGGCGUGCCAGUCAUUAAGCUAUCCAAGGAUGAUGAGUGAAGAAGAAGUGUUUAAUGCUUAAUUCCAGAUCUUGUAAUAUUGUAUUGUAAUAAAAGUUUGACAUAUCUGUCAAAAUUUAAAAUCGA